AUGGCUUCCUACUCACACUCUUCUGCGAGCUCAGAUUUAGUCUCGACGCCUCGAUCAGCCUCACCCUCCACUGCCUCCCGUACGGGUCGUUCUGCUUCCCGCUACUCGGUAUCAAAUAGGACCUCCAUCUCAAGACGUUCUACCAUAAUGAACCAAGCUGCUCCUACCACUGUCAUAGACAUUGCCCAGAUAGAAGAGGGCAUCAGGAUGGCGAACCUCGACACCCUUCGUGGCUACAGUGACACCACUCCCGCUCCCGUUCAGCAGGCUAUCAAGACCGAGUACACCCCAAUGUCGCAGGCGGCAGGUUACCAGGUCAUCAGAGAGCCCAUGUGGAACAAGGGUGAGCUUCUGCGCGAGAGUUCUUACGCAGUUCCAAGACUGUCAUCUGAUCCAUCCGAGGGACAGCUGCUGACGUUCAUCCCAACCAUGACAGGCCUGAUGUUCACCCCUGAGGAGCGGGUCUCCAAGAACCUCACCGGUCUCCUCCCUCACACCAUGGAGACCGAGGAGAUUGCCUGCGCCCGCGCCAUGAAGAUGAUCCGCACGCGCUCUACCAACGUCGACAGGUAUCUCUACCUGUCGAGCCUCAAGGCCUCAAACAUCGACCUCUUCUACAGACUUCUGAUGGACAAUGUGCGCGAGCUCAUGCCGCUCGUCUACACGCCGACCAUCGGAGAUGUCUGUCUCCAGUACUCUUCUCUCUUCACCCGCCCGGAGGCCUUGUACAUUUCGAUUAAGCAGCGAAAGUCUAUCAAGACCAUGCUGGCCAACUGGCCGUACCCUAACCCCGAGAUCUGUGUCAUCACGGACGGUUCUCGUAUCUUGGGCCUGGGCGACCUCGGCAUCAACGGCGUCGGCAUCAGCAUUGGAAAGCUUGCGCUGUACACUGCCGCUGCUGGUAUCCACCCCUCCAAGCAGCUGCCCAUCGUCAUCGACUGUGGCACCAACAACGAGGAGAACCUGCGUGACCCUCUCUACCUCGGUCUGCGUGCCAAGCGUCCCUCGGUCCAGGAGCAGCAGGACUUCUGCGACGAGGUCAUGCAUGCCAUCAAGGAGGUUUACCCCAACAUGGUUGUCCAGUUUGAGGAUUUCGAGACCGAGAAGGCCUUCAACUACCUUGACCGCUACCGAUUUGACCCCAAGCUGAACUGCAUGUUCAACGACGACAUCCAGGGUACCGGAGCUGUGGUUCUCGCCGGAUACAUCAACGCCGUCAAGCUGAGCAACGUUCCGGUUGAGGAGCAACGUCUUGUCUUCAUGGGCGCCGGCAGUGCCGGAGCCGGCGUGGCACGUCAGCUCGUCGACUAUUACCGCAACGCUCACGGCAUGUCGGAGCAGGAGGCCAAGGACAAGUUCUACCUGGUCGACACCAAGGGACUUAUCACUCGCGACAGGUUCGACGGGGCCAAGCUUCCUUCUCACAAGCGCUACUUCGCUAGGGACGACAACAACGGCCAUCAGUUCCAGACAUUGGAGGAUGUGAUCGAGUUCGCACGCCCUAGCGCCCUGGUCGGUCUUACUGCCACUUUCGGUGUCUUCACCGAGAGCAUCGUUCGCGGUCUCAAGGCUAGCGUCGAUGCUGCUGGUCACAGGAACCGCCGCCCCAUCCUUUUCCCCCUCAGCAACCCCCUAACCAAGGCUGAGUGCACCUUCAGCCAGGCCAUUGACUGGACUGAUGGAACCGUCAUCUUCGCCUCGGGUUCUCCCUUCGCACCUCACACCGUCAAGAACGGUGAGAGCGCAACGACGUACUACCCCAACCAGGGCAACAACGUCUACGUCUUCCCGGGUAUCGGACUGGGUGCCAUCCUCGCCAAGGCCAGCAGGGUCACUGACGAGAUGGUCUACACCUCUGCCGAGGCCCUUGCCAACUGCCUGAACGCCGAUGAGAUCGCCACUGGUUUGAUCUACCCCCGCAUCGACAGGGUCCAGGACGCCUCCCUGAUUGUUGCCAGGGAGCCUGUGUCGCAGCUUGUAGGCUCCAACGGCCCCAUUCAUGCUGUCGCGUACUCAGCAUCACCAGGCACAUAUAUCCUCACCGGCUCGGCGGACCGCUCUAUACGACUGUACAAUCCACAGCCGACGACCUCCGCCGCCGAUGGAUCCCUGCCGGAGGGUCGUCUGAUCCAGAUCUACUCGGCGCACGGGUACGAGGUUCUAUCCCUUGCAGUCACUGGGGACAAUGCGCGGUUCGCCUCUAGUGGCGGCGACCGCACCGUCUUCCUGUGGGACGUGGCGACGGCGACGACGCUUCGGCGGUUUAGCAACGACGGGCACUCGAGCCGGGUCAACUGCGUGGCGUUCGGCGGCGACGGCGACUCGGUCCUCGUCAGCGGCGGCUUCGACACGAUGGUCAAGCUCUGGGACUGCAAGGGCGGCGGGAACGGAUCCAAGCCGAUCCAGACGCUGACGGAUUCGCGCGACGGCAUCUCCGCGCUGGCGGUGCGCGACGCCGAGAUCGUGGUGGGCAGCGUGGACGGCCGCGUCCGCACCUACGACGUCCGCAUGGGGCGGUGCGUCGUCGACGUCGUCGGCCCCAGCGUCACCAGCCUCUGCCUCUCGCGCGACGGCAACGCGCUCCUCGUCGGCUCGCUCGACAGCUCCCUGCGGCUGAUGGACCGCGCCGCAGGCACGUGUCUGCGGACGUACCGCGCCGAGGGCAGGUGGCGCAACGAAAACCUUCGCGUGCAGAGCCUGCUGGGCGCCGGAGAGAAGUUCGUCGUCGCCGGCGACGAGCUGAGCUGCGAUGCUGGCGCGGACGAGAAGGGUGAUCAGGACGGCAAGGUCUGGGCCUGGGAUCUCCUGACUGGUGAGGUCGUCGCCACGCUCAAGGUCCCGUGGGGUGCGGCUGCAAACGGGGUCGGGGAGAGGAGGAGGCGGGCGGUCGGGCGUGAUGGCAAGGAAAAGGGGCGCAAGAAUAUUGUGAGCUGUCUGGCGUGGAGGGAAGGUGGCUGGGGAAAUCAGUUCUGCGUCGGAGGGAGCUCAGGGGUAGUGACGGUCUUUGGCACUGGAUAA